UGCGCUUACGAAAUAGCCCCACCGAUCAUGAAUUACCGCUGCUGCACCCGGGAGCUUAUGCGGCUACCUUGCCGGUGGCCAGAGUUGUAUGCAUUUCCUGCAAGAGCUAUGACAGAUAUGCGGACAUCGGCACUGUACAUUCGCGGAAAGGAAGCGCGAAACAGGCGAGCGCUUCUGCUACCGUAUAUUGAAAUUGACAAAAUAAUUAAUGAUCUCCCAGCCCUGCAGAAAACUCUGCAGUUGAGGAACAUCAGUUUGGAUAUAUCCACUUUGAGCACAAAACUGCCCUCGUUCAGAAUUGUAAAAAAUGAACUGAAAAGAGUACAAGUGGAGAUCGUACAACUGACGCGAGCAUUGGCAGACUGCUGGAAAACGAGCUCUGAAGAGCAGAGUAGCGAAUCGGAACUCAAAGCACAGCUUCAAACCCACUACGUGACCGAGCGGGAAGUAAAGCAGUCCUUAUAUGCAAAGGAGGAAGAAAUCAUCCCCUUGCUGCUGCGACUGCCCAACUUUGUCCAGGCGCCCAGUAAGACGAUCAAGUCUCAGUGUUCCGAAUACAGCAGUCGGCCCACGUUUCCGUUUCACCCAACAUCGCAUGUGGACAUCGGUGGCGCAGACAUAAUCCUUCGGCAUGAGCCUCGGCUGUGCUACCUCAAGGGUGCGACGGCACUGCUGCACUUGCAGCUAUGCAGGUUUUUCAGUGAACGUUUACUGGCACUGGGCAGUACACCACUGAGCGGACCGGACUGGGUUGUGGACACCGUGUUGGAAGGUUGUGGCACCGACCCAAACAACCUCGACCACACCAUGGCCAUCGAGAACAAGGAGCACGGCGGUGGCCACCACAUGCACCUGGUUGGAUCUUCGGCACUGGACUCGUUUGCGGGCUACCUCACCCGGCGCCAGCCCAAGGACGUGCCUGCGCGUUUCCACACGGUCGGCCGCCGGUACAUAGCCAAGUGCGACGCACGCCUGCCUGGUCUCUUCUCGCUCACCCAGUCCACAAAGGUGGCUGCGUUUGUGGCUUGCCGUCGUCAACAGUUGAUGCCCACAUUUGAGGAGCUGCUGGUGGCUGUCAAGCAGUGGUACCAAGAGCUGGAAAUGCCCUUUCGCCUUGUUCUUGCUGAACCGCCAGAGCUUAGUUUGAUUGAAAGCCUACGCGUGUCAAUUGAGGUUUGGUCAUCUGCACAAAACAGGUAUAUUCCUUGUGGCUUCCUUAGCAUACACGACGAUUUUGUGAGCAGACGACUUAUUAUGGUUUCUGGAACCAAGGCAGUGGAUGCACAAUUUUUGCACACUGCCUAUGCUUGCAUUACCAAUGUGCAUGCAUUAGUGGCAUGCAUUAUGGAAAAUAGACAGUCAAGAGAACGAGAGUUCACCUUCCCAGCACCUCUCAAGUAUACCUGUGGAAGCUCUUCUCAUGGCUGAAGUGUAGACUGAGGUUCAACAUCCACAAUAAAGUCAUAAAUUGUACAAGCUUG